AUGGAAGAACGUGAAACAUGCAGCAACAGCGACAAGCCUACCCGACUUUCUAAACCCAAGUCUGCGUACACCAUCGAGAGUCUUCUGGGUACCCGGUGUACAGAUGACGACGCCAGCGGGAGAGACUGCGGCGAAGGGAAACAGCAAGACAUUUCACGAGAAUUCGCAUGGUCUUCCCAGAAUUCUGCCGCAAAAGAAAAUAAUGCUUAUUGCGAUGUGCCCCGCUCUGCUCUUGUGUGCCCCGAGAUAGGCGGACAUCAUAGCUGCAACAACGGUGCCUGCCCUUCUCACAACCCCAACUCCAAAGACAAUCACGGAAGGAGCCAUCUACUGGAAAAGAACCGAGUUUUGAACUCACGACAUCCCAACUUUCUCCUAGUGGAUAAGCCUCAGAGCCCUGAAAAUCACGAAAACGGCACAAGGACGCAUGCGCAUAACAAACAGGUUAACAUCAGCAGUAACAACAGCCAUCAUACCACCACCACCACCACCGUCACCACAUCAACAACCAACAACAAUAGUGCCAAAAACAGCGGCGACGAUGUUUCGGAUGUUGGUGGAGAAGUCCAUGGGUCCGCGAAGAGGGAGUUUCUCGUCCAGGAUGAUGCUUCCACGGCUGAUCUUGAACUCCAGGAAAGCGCUAUGAGCCACGACCUCGAGCAUGACUUGGACGCUCCGAGCUCCGCCGAAGAUGACGUCAGCAAGCCUCGGAAGAUCCGACGGAGUCGAACGACCUUCACUACCUACCAGCUGCACCAGCUGGAGAGAGCCUUCGAGAAGACGCAGUACCCAGACGUGUUCACUCGAGAGGAGCUGGCCAUGAGACUGGAACUUAGUGAGGCGCGGGUGCAGGUGUGGUUCCAGAACAGACGAGCGAAGUGGAGAAAGCGCGAAAAGGCGAUGGGCAGGGAUAGUCCGACGGCCUACCUGGGUGGGGAAUCCCCUCCUGGAUUAGGGGACAUGUCACCUGUCGCGCGUCAGACCCUGUCGUUUUCAGCGCCAAUGGACACUUUCUGGACCACCAGGUUCCCGCACCUGACAGGUGUGCACCCUCUCAUCGCCCUAUCCGCGCAGAGCGCUGUUCAGGUGCAACCCAUGCCUCAUGCAGACUUCCUCGAGAUUUCCAUUUGGAGUUAUCCCUCCCUACCUUCUCGGGGGAGGAGGUUCCGCUGCCGCCGCCGCUGCUGCUGCCGCCGCCGCUGCUGCUGCAGCCGUCGCCGCAAAUACUGGGGGUAGUACAGGUGGGGUAGGCGUUCCCGGGAUGAAUUUCUUCAUGGCAGGGCCGCAUGGUCUUCACGGGACGCCUCCCUUCCAUCCCAUCAACCUGGCGAUGGCUCAGAGUAAUCGUUCUUUGAUGGAACAGCGCGAGAAUCAAGGCUGCCGGCCUUUGCUGAUGACAGAUUCAGCAGGGGAAGGCCUUCAGGCACGGUUGACCUCCAGCAUCGAAGCUCUUAGGAUGCGGGCCAAGGAGCACAGCACCGGCACAGCACCCGGAGGAUCCAUAGAAUCGCCUGCCCGGAAGUAUAGCGCCAUGUCGCCGGUCUUAGGGGACGCAGAAAGGGAGACAACUAACUGAGUGGCAACGAUCUCAACGGGCCAGUGACCCUCACUUUAAAUAGAAACAUGACCUUAACAUGUCGGGGGAUGGAAGAUGGUGUUUUAGGCCGAGCCAGUAACUAAGGGUAGAUCAAAGACAGCUAGCCACACGCACAGAAAGUUUUAAAUGUCGGGGAAGAUGGGGCAGAUAAACGCCGACUGAUUCACGAGGGGCAUGAGAGAUAUGAAGCAACCUGCUUAUUAGCUUCAGAGGACGAGCAAGCGAAGCCACAGUGUAGUCGCUAUAUUUAUAGACUACAGUGCAAGAUGUAUAUCUUACAUAUCCCCAAAACAAAAACGCAUCGUUCAUAUUGGUAGAAUCGAACAUCAGUGACUCACUCCCCAGAAAAUAAAGUAUGCAGGCUGACUAUUCUACUCGAGGGCGUCAGAGCUCAACAACUUUGAGUGACUUAAGUGAGUGUAUUAUCCCCCAUUGUGGAACUACAUCACAACUUCUGUAUCACUUGUCUCGAUCACUUUGUCAUCGCUUACAUACUGUAGAUCCGAGUAAACAACCCUAUUUUCUUUACACAGUUCCCCCCACUGUGACAAAAAACCUACACAGAGAGAUAACAUUCAUAGAAUGAAAAAAAAGGAGUCGAAACUUCGGACUGUGGGAAAAGACAUCUUUGAGAUUUUUUUUUUGGGGGGAAUGUUGACAAAGUUCUUCAUGUUAUUGAUGGACAGUAUCAAAAAAAUGGCCGUUAAAUUUUGAAAAAAAAUUUUUUUACAAAUAAAUGACAUAACUAUAUCUGUACUAGUCAGUACUGUCUUAGGACAGUAUAUUUUUUUAAUCAGGGCGUUAUCGCCUGAGGAAAGUAGGACUUCUGAUGAACUCUUUCCUAUUUCUUCCACACUAUGUAUAUGCUUCGCUUGUACAUAAAUGUCUGUUUUGAAUCGUGUCUAUGGGAAUGUUUGUUUUGUGGCUGUCCAAGUCAGGAAGUGACAUCUGUUGCAGCCUUGAACUUUUGUGCUGGCCUUGAUUGGUCCGAGUCGUGACCUCGCUACUCCUUGAUGCCCGCAUGGAAUGGACAUUUUUUUUUAUUAAGUGGCAGUAGUUGGACUUGUCUGGACAGUUUCUUGGAGAAAUGAUAUCCAAAAAGUAUUACUAUUUAUUGCACCAAAUUCUUCCAUUGACUUUAUGGAAUCUGCGCCAUGAUGAAUUCUACAUUGUAAAAUGUACAAUAUGAAACUUUGAAAUAUUGGAGUUUGUUUUAAUAAUGACAGAAAUGAAUCAUUUCUUUGAAUGAUAAAAAACGACUUGUGAUAUCUCAGAUAAUCACGAAUAAAUAUUUGAAUUGAGUUCUUUA